GCGAACAACUGAAGGAGGCACAUUCAAUUAACAAGUCGUUAAGCGCUCGGGGAGAUGUCAUCUCCGCGCUCGCCACCAAAGAACUGCAUAUUCCGUAUAGAAACCAAUGGCUGACAAUGUUGAUGAGUGACACUUUUGGCGGGAACGCCAAGACCCUUGUGUUUGUCAACAUUUCACAAGUGCAUAUUAACUUAGAGGAGACCCAUAGCUCCCAAGGCUAUGCGACGCGUGUCGGGUCAAUAACGAACGAGGCAAGCCGAAACAUCCAAUCGAAGGAGGGCUUAAGGCUGAAGAAGGCGAUCACUUAUUGGAAAGAGCAAGUUGGGAAGAAGGUUGAAGGAGAUGACGAUCCCGAACAAAUCCAAGAUACUCGGCCCAGCAAAGACAAGGACGACGAGUCUCGUGACUCUUCAACUCACUGCAUGUCAUUGAGUGUUUACGCGGAUUUAGAAAGCACGAAUUCGGUGGGUGAGAAUGCGACGAAGACAACCUUCGUGGGACGUGAUGUGUACACGCUGUGUUUGCUUAAUGUGGUUUUCUGCAUUGAGAUGAACGCGGAGAGCUCGCGGUCGCAUCUAUUCCUGUCCGUCGUCAUCGAGAGCACAAAUCUGCAACCGCAAGCUCUGGUGAAGAGAAAGCUGAGCUUUGUGGAUCUGGGGGACUCAAAGCGAGUGAACAAGUCGGGAUCAGUUGGCGAACAACUGAAGGAAGCACAGUCAAUUAACAAGUCGUUCAGCGCUCUGGGAGAUGUCAUCUCCGCGUUCGCCAUCGAAGAACCGCAUAUUCCGUAUCGAAACCAUAAGCCGACAAUGCUGAUGAUUGACUCUCUCGGCGGGAACGCCAAGACCGUGAUGUUUGUCAACAUUUCGCUGGCGGAGAGUAACUUAGAGGAGACUUAUAGCUCGCUAGGCCAUGAGACGCGUGUCGGAUCGAUAAGGAACACAAAUCUACAAACGCAAGCUCUUGUGAAGAGAAAUCUUAGCUUUGUGGAUCUGGGGGACUCAGAGCGAGUGAAUAAUCCAGGAUUAGCUGGCGAACAAUUGAAGGAGGCACAAUCAAUUAACAAGUCGUUACGCGCUCUGGGAGAUGUCAUCUCCGCGCUCGCCACCGAAGAACCGCAUAUUCUGUAUCGAAACCACAAGCUGACAAUGUUGAUGAGUGACUCUCUCGGCGGGAAUGCCAAGACCGUGCUGUUUGUCAACAUUUCGCCGGCGGAGAGUAACUUAGAGGAGACCCAUAGCUCGCUAGGCUAUGAGACGCGUGUCGGGUCGAAAACGAACGAAGCAAGCCGAAACAUCCAAUCGAAGGAGGUCUUGAAGCUGAAGAAGGCGAUCACUUAUUGGAAAGAGCAAGCUGGGAAGAAGUUUGAAAGAGAUGACGAUCUCGAAGAAAUCCAAGAUACUCGGCCCAACAAAGACAAGGACUACAGAGUUUCGUGCUUGAAGCAGGACAACAACAAGUUUAGCUUCGCACUGAAGGUUUACAUGCUUGAGAUGUAUCAAGAUACGUUAAAAGACUUGUUGCUCCCGAAAAAUGUCAAGCGCCAAAAGUUGGAUAUCAAGAAAGAUUCCAAGGGGAUGGUGGUUGUGGAGAAUGCAACGUUCAUAACUGUUCUGAAUGCUCAGGAGCUUGAGUCAAGGGUUGCAAGAGGAAUUGACAAACGUCAUGUCUCUGGAACGCAAAUAAAUGCGAAGAGCUCCCGGUCGCAUCUUAUCUUGUCCUUCGUCAUCGAGAGCACAAAUCUGCAAACACAAGCUGUUGUGAAGGGAAAGCUGAGCUUUGUGGAUCUAGCGGGCUCAGAGCGACUGAACAAGUCAGUAUCAGUUGGCGAACAACUGAAGGAGACACACUUAAUUAAUAAGUCGUUAAGCGCUCUGGGAGAUGUCAUAUCCGCGUUCUCCACCAUAGAACUGCAUAUUCCAUAUCGAAACCACAAGCUGACAAUGUUGAUGAGUGACACUCUCGGCGAGAACGCGAAGACCCUGAUGUUUGUCAACAUUUCGCUGGCGGAGAUUAACUUAGAGGAGACCCAUGGCUCGCUAGGCUAUGCGACGCGUGUUGGGUCGAGAACGAACGAAGCAAGCCGGAACAUCUGAUCGAAGGAGGUCUUGAAGCUGAAGAAGGCGAUCACGUAUUGGAAAGAGCAAGCUGGGAAGAAGUUUGAAGGAGAUGACGAUCUCGAAGAAAUCCAAGAUACUCGGCCGAACAAAGACAAGGACGACGG